GGCUUCUUCUUCUCUUGCGCUACGAGCAGGACGAGUGCCUACGUCGAUGUAAAUCGAGGCGGGCAUUGAGGAGGACCGAUCAUCGGGUGUACGUACAUGACGUACACGGGAAGGGAUCGAUUUGUCUCGAUUGCAGCUUGUGCGAUAGCCCUGCGCUUAAACAAGCCUGCUUCGACAAGUCUACUUCGAUAUCCCUGCGGCGCCGUGGUUGGUAUGCUAGACGCGUCACAUGAGAAAGACAGUAAGAGAUGGUCAAGGUCUUCAGACGAAGCACUGGCAUUCAUCCUAUUUCCUACACUCGUAUCCUAUUCCUCUGUUGCCGCCCGGCCAGAUAUACAAGAGGUGGCCGUCUCACCAAAGGUAGUGCAAGCCUGCACACGGCUCCAAGUCGUCAUCCCCAAGUCGUGUCAGAAGGUAUAUCGGUGUUAUAUCAGUUUCGGUGUAACAUGCUGUGAGUUGAAGAAAGAAAUAUGGGAACUAGUGUCAAAAGACGAAAGGGUAAAGGACUCCGGAUGUGCUAGGCUCUCGACGCUAGACGCUGGAUGCGAAGGUUUCUGUCGGCCGCGUGGGAUCCGCAGCUUUAACCUCAAGAGCUCGACCACGCAUACCGAAUGUCGAUAUGACGGACGUCCCUCUCAUCGGUACUGCAGAAAGCCGCGGCGGUCAGGCAGAAGGUCUGCGGAGAUAGAUCGCUAAAUGGCUAAUAUCGUUGUGGUACAGGCCGGGAACAGGAAGAUAA